CAUGUUUACUACAACAUGGCGGAUAUAUACUUCUUCACAGACGAGGAGUCGGAGAGCAUCAAAGAAGAGGACAACAGUACCUGCGAUAAUGUUGUGGGGGCGGAGGCGAAGGACCAGCAAGUGUGUGGGCGUGACGGACAGUUUGUGCGGGGGCGGGUCUCCUCCAACUCCGGGGGAGGGGGUGGUGGGGGAGGGGGCAGCAGUGACGACGAGGAUGAGGAGGAGGAGGAGGAGGAGGAACCCCAGGGAGGAGUGGAGGACGAGGGAUGCCACAGCGGAGAGGAGGACGCCGCCACGCCCCUCGCCAGACUCCUCAAGUGUGCUCACUCCGACAACUAUUUCGACAGGUACGUGUGUGCGUUAGAGCACGACUUGCAGAAUAUACUAGCGUCUCCAUUACAAAUGGUGGCUAGGAGCAUACAAGAGACGCUCCGAGCCGUAGUGACUAUACCUAACGAUGUAAACACGGUGCUGCAAAUCAUGCAUUCGCUCUCGUCCAACGAUGAGCCAGCUGUGCGAACAGAGCUGAUGGAACAGGUGCCCCAAAUCGCUGUGCUAUGUCACGAAUUCCCCGAACACUUGGGGGGUGUGGUUGCUAACCAUUUGGUGCCUAUGGUGGUCAAGUACCUCACUGAUCCCAACAAUCAGGUUCGGAAGACGUCCCAAGCGGCGUUGUUGGUCUUGUUAGAGCAAGAACUAGUCAGUAGGACGGAUGUGCACGACCAGGUCUGCCCCGUGAUCCUGGAACUCACCUUUCCCGACGCCAUGGACGAAUUCAAAACAGAAGCCGUGGCGCUAAUGGCCAAGAUGGCGCCGUUGAUCGGGAAGGAGAUGACGGAGAGGCUGUUCCUGGAGCGCUUCACUCGCCUCUGUUCGGACGCCCUGUUCCAGGUGCGCAAGGUCUGCGCCUCCAACUUCGGCGACUUCUGCAGCGUCGUUGGCUCCCAGCCUACCGAAGAAGUGCUGGUUUCAAAAUUCGUGUGCUUGUGUGAGGACGGCGUUUGGGGAGUUCGUAAAGCUUGCGCAGAAGUCUUCAUGGGCGUCUCAUGCGCAUGUUCGCUAGAGACCAGAAAAAAUAAAUUAUCUCCCGUUUUCGUCUCUUUGCUCACAGACCAGAGCAGGUGGGUCCGCGUCGCUGCGUUUCAGAACCUUGGUCCUUUCAUCAGUACUUUUGCAGAUGCGUCCGUUACAGGAUUGCACUACAAUGAAGACGGCGUCUUGGUCAUCGGUACACCUCAGAUUCCCAGCUCCUACCUUACAAAGGAAAAAAAUUGCAGUACACAAGAAAGAGGUGAUAGUGAAAGUGAAGAGGAUAAAAAAGAAAAGGCUAAAACUUCCUCAGAUUCCUUACCUCCUCCUGAGCAGCAAGAUUAUGGUAAAGGUGAGGCAGAUGGAGGUGGGACGUCAGGAAUAGAUUGUCUAGAAAGUGAGCCCAUGGAUGUGGAAGAAUUGAAUGAGCCCAGUGACACUGUAAAUCCUGAUCCUGUCCAUAGCGAAAGUGCAGAAGAGAGAAGAGCAAGGGCAUAUCUGUUUGCAAGCAUAGAGGAAAACAGCUCCAGCAAUGAGGUAGAAGCAAUAACCAGUACCUCAACAUCUCUCUCCACAAAGUCUUCAUCCCCUUCAUUCCCCCAGCAGUCAACCUUAAGUCAACAUGAAGUAAAUGUGCAAUCCAGUGUACCAGCCAUACCCCCAAACACACUCCCAAGUCCUGUGGAUGGUGUCCAGUCUCAGAGUAAUUCCCUUACUGUGUCAGGUACAGAGGGUCAUCUUCACGUCCAUCUUGAUAACAACCCUGCAUUCAACACAUUCAAUUAUUGGCGCACACCUAUAAUGCCCAUUGAACUACCUAUCCCUCAAAUAGAAGUGGAUAUUGAUAUUAUGGGACAAACUACCAAUGUAUGUGUCAAAGCAAAGGUUCAAGAGAAUAAUGGAACUUACCAGUCUCAAGUGAAUCUUACCAUGGCUACUGAUACUGAAAAUCCUAACAUAACCCUUGCUUCCUCAUCCUCUUCACCGCCAUCCUCAAAUACCACAACGACCACCACUACCCCACAACAAGAAAAGCAGCCAAGGUUGGACAAGGAGCCUGGUGCUACAGUUGAGGCUGAUUUAGAGGCAUUAGCAGCUUCUUUAGAAGGAGUGACAACAUCGGAAAGUAGUACGGAUGAUGAAUGUACUGGUGAUGUGAAGUCAAUUAACCAGGAGUCUGAGAGUGCAGAUGUUGUAAGAGUAACAGGACCCCAACAACAAGCUACAUAUGCCCAAGUUUGUGCUGCAUCUGUUACAUCUGUUCAACAUAAGAAUGAUCCUCAACCCUCAAUCCUUGCCUCACGUCUCACUCAGGCCCGUGUUAGUAUGUCUGGUGGAACUGUAACUGAACUUAAAAAACGUGAAAUGGAUGUAGUGUCCCCAAGUGAUUGUUCUGUAAAUAUGCCAAACUCAGGGCAAAGUUUACCUCCUCAGCCGUCUCUGUUAUCUCAGAGAAGAAGUGAUCCAUUUGCUGGGAUAAUGGACUCGCCGGAUGGCAUAUUUUCAGCAACGUCGGAACAGAUGUCUUCUGCUAUAACUGACCAUUCUACAGGGUCCUCUGAAUUUAGUCUGUAUCAAGACAUUGUACCUAAAACCUUGUUGGAACAUUACAUAAGCAUGACAGACCCAGUGAGAGCUGAAACUGUUGAUAAUGAGCUUACAAGACAUUGUGCCUAUUCGUUACCAGCUGUGGCAUUAACUUUGGGUAGAGAAAAUUGGCCAGUUUUAAAAGAUACAUAUGAAACAUUGGCUGGAGACAUGCAUUGGAAAGUUAGACGAACUUUGGCGUUUAGCAUACAUGAGUUGGCUGUUAUAUUAGGAGAGGAAAUUUCGCAAAGUGACCUUGUGCCAGUUUUCAAUGGUUUUAUCAAAGAUUUGGAUGAAGUGCGGAUUGGUGUUCUGAAACAUUUGGCACAUUUUCUUCGACUUUUGAAACCUAGGAAUCGCAGAGAGUACCUGCCGCGCAUGGAUGAGUUUCUGCGCACUGACAACGAAAAUAACUGGCGAUUUAGAUUAGAAUUGGCAAUUCAGCUGUCUGACAUCAUAGACUUGUUCUCAGCUGAUGAUUGCUUGCUUUACUUGGUGCCUAUAGCUUUAAUACUUAUGGCUGAUAAAGUUGUACACAUCAGACGAACAUGUUACAAUGUUGUGUGUCAACUUGUCCGACAACUUGGCUGUGAAGGGGACCCAGAUGACAUUGUGGAUCUAAGUCAGCAGUUAAGGGAGACAUUUGCACAGUCAACCACAUGGUCAAGAAGGCAGUCCUAUGCAUUUUUAAGUGGUCAGCUGGUUGCAGAAAGGUCUCUACCAGUAUCAGACUGGUGUCGACUGUUCUUGCCAGAUAUGCUUAUGUUAGCAAAUGAUAAAGUACCAAAUGUUCGUAUUGCUGUUGCAAAAAUGUUGGCAACUCAUAUUAAUUGCCUUGAUUACUGCCAGAAUCCUGAAAAUUAUGCAGCCAUAAGCGUACAAGAAACUAUAAAAAAAUUGCAGCAAGAUGAAGAUAGAGAUGUGGUGCAUUUUGCUCGGUUUCCUGUUAGUACAGAAACGCUGAUUCCUCAGGAUCCAUCUUUAUAAUGGAGGCUUAGAGACUAGGUAGUAUAAUACAAUUAUUACCAAUUUACAUAACUGAGCAGUUGCAAAUAUAAAAAAAAAAAAAUAUUUUUUCAAGUUGAUUAUGUUUUGCUAUUUUACCUUAAGAGAAAAAUAAACUACUCUCAUUUUAUGUAAAUGGUUUCACAUUGAAGACCAUGCUGUUCUGAAUUCUCUUUCCUAUAUUUAUAACAAGUCGCAUACGUGAUUUCCCUUAUUAUGACUGGUGCAGUAAUGUCUAACUGACCCAUAGUAAGGUGUAUGGGUAGGCUGUGCAUUGUGGUAGCAACUUGAACCUUGUUGCUUAGUAUAUUUUAUAUAAACUUUUCAUCAGUUUGGAUUAAGUAAAUUGCGCUGAUGCAAUUUACACUGCUCAAAGUUCGGUAAGAACUGUUAACAAAUGUAAAAAGAUCCAGAGCAUCUAGUGGUUGAACCUGAAUUGUUGGCUGUAGGUUCCCCUUUGGUAAGAUGAAUUUUCCUUUAGACUUGCUCCAAAAAGCCACAAGUCAGUUCAUCCACAUAAUGUACACAGUAAAUAUUUUCUUGUAAUAUGUAUUCUUUUAAAUUUUAGAUUUCUGUAUUUUCAAAAUCUAAGUUCAUAUAUGAUAAUGGGUGGUAUUUAUAUAAAUAAUGUAUCAUAUUCUUUUGAAUUUAUAACUGCUUCUUUUGUAACUGAUAUGUAUAUGUGAUUGUAUAAUUUCAUUAUCAUGAUUGACUUGCCAACAAUGAAAAUCAGGAAUCAGGCAUGAAUGUCAGAACUAGAUUUAUUCAUAACUGUCUAGCAUCUUGUAUAAACUUUUCAUUGGACCUUUUUAUUAGUUGACUGAAUGUUAAUUGUGCACUGCAUUAGCUGUUUCAGAAUUUUAAUAUAUCAGUUUUAAGAGCCAUUCCAUGUUUGUACCAUCAUUUUUGAAUACUGCUAACCAGUGAUAUGUGCAUUUUGCAGUUAUGUUCUACAGAUACCUGAUAAAGUAAGGUCAAUUAGCUUAAUUUUUACUUUUAAUUUUUAGUCCCAAAAGUUGAACGCAUUGCGUUUGUUUAUGUUUCCAUUUAUCCUCUUAAAAUUGAAAUUACUUAGGACCAAAUAAGAUGCUGGUUGAAGUCACAAUGCACUGCACUUGGUCAUGGCCAUCCUUAAUUAUUUCAGGUUUACUUCAUCGUACAGUUAUUGCAGAACCUGCAAUUGAUAAUAUAACCUUUUGCAAUUUUUGCAAGAAUCAACAGGGACUUAACUUUAAUCUCGAGUGAGCAUGUGUGAUAUUAAUCUAUGAUGCCUCUCAGAGUAUACCUAUAACAUCCUUCUUGGCACUCAAAAAGUUUCCUAAUUGUCUGUAUAUGUUAUGUAAGAAAGCCAUAUAUUUUUUGUAAUCACAUUUAUGAUACAAAUUUUGUGCCAUUAUGAGACUCUUUGUUGACAACUCCAUAUAAGGUUCUGAUCACUGUUUUCAUUUUCAUUGUCUUGUAAACUCAUUGUAAAUUAAUCAUAUUGUACAGGUAUGAAUAAAAAAAUUAUUAUGAA